AUGUCAGCCGACGACAAGAAGCUCCGCGCAGAGCUCGUGGACCAUUUCCACAGCGCAGUAGAGGACCACGAGGACGUCAUGGCCGAAUGCCUGGCCAUGCUGCGGCUAUACAACCUGACUCCCGCCGACCUCUUCUUCAAAUAUGAGGCAUUCCUGAUGUCUCGUCCAUCGGGACUUCGGGCUAAGAUGUCCGUCCUCACGCUCCCGGUGGCGCGACAGCUCCGGACCGAGGUUGCGCGGGAACAGCAAGCGCAGGCGGUAUCGAGCAGUACAUCGGCGAUGUCGGGGGUGGCGGUGCCGAGGGGAGGCGAAGUGAAGGGAUCGGUGGGCGUCAAGAGGGGACGGAAUGGGCAUGGUGAUUUGGGCGGCCUGCUGAGCUCAUUGUCUGGAGUAGCAUCGCCUUCUCCUAGUGCAGCUCGGAACGGCUCGCCCAUGCUGCCCAAGUCGGCUCAGUUCGACACCUCCUUUGCGACGCCGUCGAGACCGACAAAUGGGGGUCCGAGCGGUCCAAGCGCGAGCCAGUAUCGCCCUAGCCUGAACACCUCAGCUUCCUCCCUCCAGACACCUCUGGCGCGGUCGAACAUCGCCAGUCCCCUGUCCAGUCCAGUUUCCGCCGACGAGGCAUCCCCAGGCGGCGAUGGCCCUCAAUCCUUUCGCAACCGGCAUCAGCCUCACUCGCUCGUCGAAACCCUCAAUCCUCACCUACCCGCCUCAGUUCCCAACCGCCCAAGCGGCAGACCUCGGACCAUACUUCGCACGUUAGAAGACCCUCAAGACUGGAACUAUCGUUACAUGUUCGAGAAGGUCUCCCAGCGGUCCGAAGCGCUCGACGAGCAGAUCGACACCUUUGGCGACAACAUUCGUGCAGAUUACGGCCUGGAGGAACUCGGAGAUCCCCAUUUCGUAUCGGACGAAGCAAUCUAUACGGUCGGGCGCAUUCUCGCUCCGCCCACGGACACGACCAAGGCGUCCGCGUCGAGCUUGUUUUUGGAAUCAUCCCGAUUACUCGGCUCGGGAAAGCGGAUCGCGCUGAGAUUUCCGCCUGGCGAGGUGAUCAUGAAGGGCGGGCCACCAGGCGUCAAGACGUUUGGAGUCUUCCCUGGCUGCCUGGUCUGCGUCAAAGGGAAGAAUGGGGGAGGCGGCUUCUUUGCCGUGGAAGAGGUCGUUGUGGCACAACCCAGCUACAUGAACCGGACGGAUAAGAAGGAUCUGCUCAAAUUCCAGCAUGGCGAUAAGACGAGGGGAGAGCCUGUCAAUCUCACAGUCGCUGCGGGACCUUUCAGCCUGGACGAUGAUCUGUCUUAUGAGCCAUUACAGGCUCUGUUGGAUGUAGCAGAGAGGGAACGCCCGGAUGUUCUGAUACUGCUCGGGCCAUUCGUUGAUGCUCAUCACCCCAUGAUUGUCUCUGGAUCCAUCACUCGCAGUGUCACCGAUAUCUUCCGGUCCGAGAUUAGCACCCGCCUCGAGCGUUUGUCAUUGGCUUCGCCCGCCACCCGGAUCAUUCUCGUCCCCAGCAUUAGGGACAUCAUCAGCCAGCACGUCGCCCUUCCCCAGGCCGCACUAGACAAAGAGGCCUUCGGGCUACCCCCUAGAGUCUCUUGCCUACCCAAUCCCUGCACCCUGGAAAUUAACGAAAUAUCCAUCGCCAUCACCACUGCCGAUAUCCUCUUCCACCUCCGUUCCCAAGAGGUCACACAGCGCGUGGAAGAAGCGGACCCGCAGCCGCCCUCGGCGUCACCGGUGACCAAGGACGCUAUGGCGAGUCUCGUCCGUCACGUACUGGGCCAGCGGAGCUUCUACCCCCUCUUCCCUGUUCCUGAGAAUAUGGCGGGAGAGGUGAAUCUGGACGUGACGCAUCAGAAGCUGUUGAGGCUGGAUGAUACGGCUCCCGAUCUGCUUAUCCUUCCUAGCAAGCUUAAGCACUUCUCCAAAGUGGUCGACUCCACUCUGGUCGUCAAUCCCGCAUUUCUCAGUCGGGCUCGCACAGCCGGCACAUUUGCCAAAAUCUCAGUACACGCCAUGGAUCGGGACAUGCUCGAGGCACCGGCGGAGGAUGGCGAAGAGCAGCUGGAACAUGGGGUAUUUGAACGGGCAAGGGCGGAGAUCUGGAAGAUAUAG